GAGAUGGGGAAUGUGGGCGGUGGUGUUACUGGUCGCGCUGGUGACAGCUGACGACAGUCCACCCGGCCUAGUGAGCAAGGAUAACGAGCAGGAUUUAGUAGCUGAAGCAUCACAAUCGGGUGCGCAAGCGCAGAAACGAGAAGCAGGUUUAUCAAAUUCCUACGGCGAGCCGUUACCACCUGAUGCGUAUGGACCACCUUUAAACAUACCUAGUGAUUUGCCGCAUCCCGCUCCCGUUUACGGAGUUCCAGACACACCAUCGUUCUUAGAAACUCCUCCAGGUGCAUACGGCCCGCCAUCUCCGGUUGUAUUUCCGAACCAAAACUACGAAGGGCCCCCACCACCGAUCGGCAAGCCCAAGCCAGUUUAUGGCCCACCAAAAUUCCACUCAAAUAAACCAAAACAAACUUAUGGUCCUCCGAAACCGGUAUAUGGCCCCCCAAAGAAGAACUAUGGUCCACCAAAACAGACCCUUCCAAAGCCUACAUACGGUGCACCAUUUAAGCCACCAAAAAUCUCGUUCCCGAAGCCUGUUUAUGGAGUGCCUAAACCAAUAUACGGAGCACCCAAACCUGUGUAUGGACCACCAAAAGUCAGCUAUGGGCCUCCAACACUAAAUGUGCAAAGCUUCCCUGAAUUACCUCUGUCGUUGCCACAAAACUUUGGCACAGUUAGUGCCAGUAUUGGUAACAUUGGUACAGGCGUAGGAAGUAUAAGCACCAUUGGAACAAACUUUGGAAGUCUAGAAACAAGCGUUGGAACGAGCAUUGGUACCAAUUAUGACUUAGGAUUAAAUCUUCCAGCGCCAAUAUACGGUACUCCAAUCACUAGUUUGCCAGUAAACUUGAAACCUAACUUCCCAAUACCAGCAGACACUUAUGGACCUCCAGGACAUCCUCUUGGUCCUAUUGGACCGAACGACCAACUAGUAGUACAAGAUUUCGGAAGUAUUGGUCAUUACGGACCACCUCAGCCAGACCCAAAUCCUAGACCACCCCAUCCAGGUAUACCAGCGCCACCGACACCUCCGCACGUCCUUUACGACGGAUGGAAACCAAUUCCAGGAAUCUCAAAACCAUUGUUCGACAAUGUUGAAAAUGUUCACACGAUACAAAGUAUCCAACACAUCGGACAUAAUAAUGGACAUAUUGAAACUUUGGACCAAUAUGGACCGCCGCCACCACCUCCGCUACUCCAAGAAGUGAGCAUCAAUAUAGACGGACAUUCGCUGCCAGACAUCAAUCAAGAGGCACACUUUUCUGGCGCACAAAUAUCAUCAGGCUAUUCAACUGUACAUCAAGAUGCGUUAGCGAACAUUGAUUUGAACGCAAUCGUCGGUGGAGACUCAAACCACAUUGACCAAUCAAAGACGGUCUUCGAAGCACAUUACACAGAAAACAACAAUCCACAAUCCGACUUCACAUUCAUUCAAUCCGCUAUACCUGAAAAAGUUAUUGUCGAUUCAUACGGCGCUCCGCCUUUAGACUCCCUCUCUAAUGGUCCCUACCCUCCAUCACAUAGACAACAAGGAGCUAAAGGACUCAUACCACCAUCAGGCACAUAUGGAGUACCGCCGAGUAGCCAAUACGGCGCUCCACCAAAGCAGCUUCCAGCUAAUCUACCUAUACCUUACGGAUCAUUUUCAGGUGGUGGUCACGCUAUUCAUUCUGGUGGUCAUUUACCUAGACAUCCUAUCAAGUUCAGAGAUUCAGUACCCGAAGGUCUAAUCCAGCAGAUCGGUCAAAUAUCACAUCACAAAGACGCCCAUGGAAUUGAUCAUGUGAAACAAGGUCCCGCAUAUUUACCGCCACCGAUCCGUGAGAUCAAGGAAAUAAAUCAUCACUCUGGAAACCAUGGGUUUAAUGGUGUCUCAUUCUCCAUUGAACCAUCGAAUUUAUACAGCCUACCACACUCAGGGCAUCCAAUAAACUUCCAAUCCCAACAACCCAGUAACUUAUAUGGCUCGCCAAUUGAUUCUUAUUCAGCGCCGCUCUUAACAGUCGCUGAUCAUACAGCUUCUGGAUCUACGAGCAACGCUGUAGCAGCGACGAUCGAUGGUACGAUAUUAGCCAAUUUAUCCAACUUAGAGGCAGCAGCUAUUUUGAAGCACUGUCCUUACCACGAAGCUAUAUUAAAAGCAGCUAAAUAUGGCGAGAAAAUUCCUGCAGAAUUAGCAUCAAGUUAUGUUGCUAGUUUGAGCUCAUUGGGUUCCGCGUUCCAUAAGCAUCAACAAGCAUUAUUGUCAUCCCAAAACGGUUUCAACACGCCAGCAGAAGGCAGUGAAUCAGUUUCUUACAACACGAAAGAUUUAUCAACAGCUUCCCAUACGUUAGUCCAAACUGUAUUACCUAAUCAAAUAGAUGACGGGAAAACAGAGAAAACGAGUGUCCAAAAAGGGAAACCAAUAAAAGAUGGCAACAAAGAUUUUUACAAACAAAACUCUCUGUCUGAUCAAAUAUAUCACACGUCAGAAAAUAUCAAGAAUUUGAGCGAAGAAACGAAGCAGCUACAACAGAAGAUUGUCUCUUCAAGUCAAAAUUUACAUCAAGUAAACGAACAAAUAGCUAACUCGCCAGCUAAAAACAACCAGGCGACGUAUUCCGUCCAAAUACAAUCAGCUGACGACGGCCGGGGCAAGGCGACAUCACCAUCGAUACCCCACGAACAGCUCCUAUCAGAAGGACUUCUUCAGAGCAUAUUACAAGCUAUCGAACAACCAGCUCAAGGUAAAAACAACGACCAUCGCAGUCAAACGAAAAAUAUUUAUAAGCAAUCAACAAACCAUCAUCAAAUAAAUCAAAACUAUUAUCAGACAAGCGUCGACAGUUUGGAACAGGGACUGGUUCUUCCAGCCGGAUACGAACCAGUUGACAGAUCUAAACAACAAAAAGACCUUGAAGUGCAAAGCACCAAUGACAUCAAGCAUUUAUUGCAAAAGGAGAGUCAUCAGCACUUCAACGACUUCAGUCACGGUGACUGUGACCAGCGAGCGGACAACUCCGUGACGCACACGAUUGUCGUCCCGCCGCCCAACGUCGACAAAGUCCAACCCGUGGAAGAAGUCGAAGACAAUGACGUAGCUAUUUACUUCGGAGAACCGGCAAAGGAUAGUGAUGAGAAAAACCAAGAACCGGUCACGGAAAUAUCGGUAGCAACAAGUAUAAGUGAGAACGUAAAUAAAUAUGGCAAAACGCCGGAGUUCGGAGAGAAGAUUAAAAAAACGUGAAACUCGUUGUUUAUGUUGUAAUCUAGUCUAUAUAGAACCAGUGAGCUGAUAGGACA